AGUAUUUUAUAGUUAGAGCUUCACUUAAUGUGAUUAAAAAGAAGCUAGAACUACCCCCUGUAGUUGUAUCUUAACUUUUCUAGAAUAGAAGUUGUAACUUCACUUUUGGUGUGAUUAAAGUAUAGUUACAUCUACCUACCUAUAGAUAUAUCUCCAUUAUUUUGGAGUCUGUAGAUAGGCACACUUCACUUUUAUGUCUUGCGUGACUUUUAAUGGCGAUGUUUAUGCAAGUACGGGAAAGAAGAGUGUACGGUGAAAGAAGAGUAUUGACUAAGUGCAAGGAGCUGAUGCGGUUUGAAAGUGAGAAUAUAGACAUUUUUAGCAGAACAAUUUCUACCGCCUAGUGACGAAACUCGGGGGAAAGCACUCACUCCAAGACAACGAUUGGAGAUUUUUCUUCGUUAUACAGCUGAUCCGGGGUUUCAAAGUGGUGUAGCAGAAGAUAUUGGAGUGGACCGUUCGACAGUUUGUAAGAACAUUAAUUAUGUGAUGAACUGUAUUUUGGAAAACGCAGACAACUGGAUACAUUUUCCUUCUACAGUACAAGAAAUAAAUAAUGCAAAGUUGAUGUGGCAAAGAAAUUUUGAUUUACCAACUGUUGUAGGUGCAUUAGAUUGCACGCAUAUCGAAAUAAAAAAACCAUCAAUGUUCGGUGAUGAGUAUAUAAACCGGAAGGGUUACCCCAGCAUCAACGUGCAAGCAACAUGUGACAGUCAAGAAAGGUUCACUAGCGUUGCUGCAGAGUGGCCAGGAUCAGUGCACGAUUCUAGAAUAUGGAGAAGGAGUCCUGUUCGGGAUAUUAUUUCUCGUUAUGACGGUGCUGCGUGUUUACUUGGUGACUCUGGCUAUGGUAUUUCUCCUUGGUUAAUCACCCCGUUCAAACCUCCUCAAACCGAUAUUCAGCGUCGAUUUAAUCGUGUUCAUGCAAAGGAAAGGGUGGUGAUAGAAAGGGUGUUCGGACAGUUAAAGAAGAGAUUCCCGAUACUUGGCAACUGUGUUAGAUUGUCUCUAGACAGAGUACCAAAAGUAAUUGUCACCUGUACUGUGCUGCACAAUGUAGCUAAACACCUCAGAGAUCCUUUAAAUUUUGAAGACGACGCGAAUGAAGAUGGGUGUAACGAGGAUGAAGGAGGCGAAGAAGUGUUCGAAAAACCAAGCAACAAAACAACGUGGCGAACAGAAGCGGAAUGA